CACAUGAAACGACGAACCGCCAACUUUCCAACCUGUGGGAGGGUUCAGCACGCGCAGCACCUAGGCACCGGCGCUCUCCCGUUUGGCAGCAUAUUUUCUUACCGGGAACCGAGAAUAGACGGUCAUGGACGAGGGCAAAACUACCGGUGAUCAAGGAGCAGGACUUCUGGAUGUUGGCACCAUGUGGACGAAGGCCGAGCAGGAGGGCUGCUCCUUGGUUCCUUUAGAGACGGGGGCAGACGUGGCCCAGGACCAUCUCCUCGACAAACCCCCGUACUCCUACGUCGCUCUCAUCGCGAUGGCAAUCAAGGAGAGCAGCGAGAAGAGGCAAACUCUGAGUGGGAUAUACGAAUACAUCAUCGACAAGUUCCCUUUCUACGAGAAGAAUAAAAAAGGCUGGCAGAACAGCAUCCGACACAACCUGAGUCUGAACGAGUGCUUCGUGAAGAUCCCCAGAGAAAACCGAGGGGACGGGAAAGGCAGCUUCUGGAUCGUGGAUCCCGCGUUUGAAGACAUGUUCGAGUGCGGCAACUUCCGACGGAGGAAGCGGGUCCGGAGACCCUUCAGGGCGCCGGGCCUACCCUACCUGCCCGGGUCCCCUGUGGACUACAACGAGCCCCUGUACGUGCACGCACUGCCGGAGAAACACGUCUACAUGCAGUCGGCCCAGUAUGUCAGCGGGUCGUGGGCGCUGUGUCACCCUGGCUCUGCGCCGCAGACCACCGGCGGUUACGGGUCAACGUCGCUCAUCAACGGACACGCUCGCUGUAUCUCGCCGAAUGGAUUCACAGCCGGCACGAUGGGCGGCUACUACACCCCGGGUCACUUCCACCCUCCUCUCGGGGCCCAUCGCCACCCGCCCGUGCUGGUACCCCACGGAGGGUGCCCCUACGGGGGCCUGGCCCAGCCCCUGACCCCGGACGGAGGCAGCGUGUCCUUGGCGAGCUACUACGUGUGACCGUCAGUAAUGCAACUGUCUUCUUUUGAAUAGUGCUGAGUUUUUUGAGUUUUUGGAAUCAAAUAUACGUUCACGUUUGUUCAGCUACACAGAUAAGUGCGUCUGCAUCUAAUGGUCUAAUUGUCUUUUCAGUUAAAAAAAACCACAACAACCAUUAUACUAAAUACAGUGGUCAAAUGUCAAAGGGACCAAAUAUACAUCGACAUUACAUCCAAUAUCUUAUUUUAGCCUAUUCUCUAAGUUCCUUCGUUAAGUGUUUUUCGCAUGGUAUUGUGCAGAGACUAGCGUGUUGCCUGUGGCUGUUGGCCACCACUGUUAUUUAUUUCGUUUCUUUGGUGUUAUCUGAUUCAUUGAAUGUAUUACAACGCACAUCCUAUCCUCGGUGUGCUAGUUUACCACUUAUCAGGCACUUUGACUACUUUUACUAUGUGAGGUAGGCUCAAGUUUUUUACUGUUCUUUUUUUUCCAUGAAAGUUAUAUUUCAAUAAAGUUAUAUUUUUGCAUUAAAA